CGAUUACUGACGUGGGCGUCACCGGAAAAGUGCUUUUACCGGCGGCCGUCGUGGUAAGAAGGUUUAUAACUGAUAUUCAUUUGCUUUUGUCCGUUGAAAGGCGAGGAAGACAUUGUUGAUUACCAUUGUGUUCGCAUCGCUAUUGUCAAAGGGUUAAAUAUGGAUAGGGAGGAAGGGAAAAGUGAUAGAUGUGAUACUGGUGGGGAGGAAGGGAGCGAAACAAACUCAGGGUCUGUGUUCUCAGACUUUAAGAACAGUGAAGAGGAGGAAAUUGAUGAUGAUUAUUUUUCAGAAUAUGUAGAUGUGGGAGUAAAUGAUGUGUUAGAAGAAGUUGUAGAGAGUUCAGAAUUUUGGAGAGCCGAACCUGAUGGUAGAGGACAAAAUAAUGUUGUUGAGGCAAGGGAGGAAGAUAUAUUGGGCUUGUUAUCUGAUCAUGAGUCAGAGGGAAUUGAUGAAAGUGCAAGAUCAAGUGAAGAAGACGAUGAAGGAGAAGGCAACGUUAACAGAGUAAGAUAUAAUCCGGUAGAGAUGUGUAAAGAGUUUAAAUUUGUGUUAGGUAUGGAGUUUACUUCCAUUGGUCAGUUUAAAGAUGCAGUUAGAGAGUAUGCCUUACUCCAUGGAUAUGAAAUCAAAUUUGUGAAGAAUGAUAAGGUGAGGUGUAGGGUUAAAUGUGCACAUGUUGAAUGCAAGUGGUUAAUGUUUGUGAGCCAAGUGAGAGGUGAGUUAACAUAUCGGUUGACGACAUUACACUCAAAACAUACAUGUGGGGUAUCCUUAAAAGGGAAGAAUGCUAGCUACAAGUGGAUUGCAGAAAAGAUAGUUCACAUCAUGAAGAGAAACAAAAACAUCAAGUUGGCGGAUAUAAUUGCGUCAGUGAGAGAACACUACAUGGUUGAUGUUUCUGUGUGGAAGGCCUACAUGGCUAGAAAAAAGGCUAAGGCUUUGAUUGAUGGUGACUAUAAGGAGCAAUAUCAUAAAUUAAGAGAUUAUUGUAAUGAAGUGAGGAAAUGUAACUUAGGAACAACAUUUGCAUUACUUACUGAUCAGCCUUGCGUAAAUCAUCCUCCUGUUUUCAAGAGAUUAUAUGAGUGCAUAGGUGCUGUGAAGCGAGGUUUUGUAGCGGGUUGUAGACCGAUCAUUGGGUUAGAUGGGUGUUUCUUGAAGGGUCCAUAUGGAGGGAUAUUACUUGUGGCUGUGGGACGUGAUGCUAAUGACCAGUACUUUCCAUUAGCAUGGGCCGUGGUUGAGUCAGAAAGUAGAGACUCAUGGACAUGGUUUUUGAAAAAUCUGUUCGAUGACAUUGGGAGUAUGCAGGAAAGGAGAUGGGUAUUUAUAUCAGACCAACAAAAAGGUCUUGUGCCAACAUUUGAAGAAUUAUUAGAAGGUGCGGAACACAGAUUCUGUGUGCGCCAUUUGUAUUCUAAUAUCAAGGUCAAAUAUGGAGGAGGCACUCUUAUUCGUGACUUAGUUCUCCGUGCUGCAAAGGCAACCGUGCAAUCUGAUUGGAGAGACCGUAUGAAUGAGUUGAAGGCUAUUUGUAGUGGAGCUCAUGAUCAUUUGAUGGCAAUCCCUCCAAGUUGUUGGAGCAGGUCUCAUUUUGAUGCAUACAGUAAAUGCGAUACGAUCACAAACAAUAUCACGGAGUCUUUCAAUGGAAGAUUACUGGAGGCACGAGAACUUCCAAUUAUUAGUUUGCUUGAUUGGAUCCGGACAUAUCUCAUGACUCGGUUCGCAGAAAAUCGUGUCAAAGCCGAUAAGUACCGUGACAAGGGUAUUGUGUGUCCGCGACCUCGCAAGCGAUUGGACAAAGAAGUUGCAGAAUGUCGAAAAUGGGAGGCUAGAUAUGCGGGAAACAACCGGUAUGAAGUGUCAUUCAAUACUCACAAGUUCAAGGUUGAUCUCACCGCCAAAACUUGCAGUUGUUAUUGGUGGCAACUAAAUGGAAUCCCGUGCAGACAUGCAGCUGCUUGUAUUUAUGCCAAGAGGGAGGAUCCACAUGAUUAUGUGGACAAGUAUUUAACAUUGCAAUCAUUUGUUGCGUGUUACUCACCUGUUAUUGAGCCAAUCAAUGGUGAAGCAUUGUGGGAGAAAGCUGAUGGUGAGCCCAUUGAACCUCCCGUAUAUCACAAGCGUCCUGGGAGGCCAACAAAAAAACGAAAGAAAGGAUUGGACGAACAACAAUCAGCUGAGACAGAACAUGAGAAGCGACAAUAUCGCACCUUCUUAUGCUCUAAUUGUGGAAAACAAGGACACAAUCGGCGGACUUGCAAGCAACCCACCAGACCUAACAAGCUUUCAAUCAAGAGAAAGCAAUCAUCUUCUACUCAAGAGUCAAUUGUUGCAACUCCUCCGGGUAGCAGUCAACCUUGA